AUGGUCGAGGGGCCGGUUGGAUUUACGUCCGUUCGAUCGACAUCCGACGGUCCCUGGUCUGCUUCCUGGCGUUGUACUGACUCCUCUCUCACUCCUCUCGCUGUCUCCCUCAUCCUAUCUUCUCCCUCCCCGUCGCCAUCUUCGCUAGAUGGGAGAGUCUCUUCACUAUAUCCGUCUGUCUUCUCGUCCCUCGGUCUCCUUGCUCUCGCGAUGGUGAUUGCUGGUGCUGACGAGCCGUCGCCAGAGCUCGCUGCCUCCUGGUCGGCUGUGGUUGCCAAGCCCCCGUCGGAACCUGAAGGGGCGACCACGGCGAUGAAGCCCCCUCUCCCUCCUGCUCCGAAGCCCGCGUCAGCAGUCUCUGAAAUGCCUCCUCCCCUCGCACCCGAUGCUCCUGUUGCCGUGGCUGCCCUUGUCCAGUCCGUGCCUGUUGCUGCUCCCUCCCCUCCGGCUGCUGCUCCAGCUCCACCGGCUGAUUCUGUUGUACCGCCGGUACCCGCGCCUGCUGGGGCCGUUGCUGAUCCCCCGGUUCCCCUCCAUGGCGCGCCCGCUGCACCGUCCGUUUCUGCCCCCGCCGACCUUGCUCCGGCGUCUGCUUUGCCGCCAAAGGCGGCUUCCGCCACCACUGCCGACCCGGCUCCGCCGGUGUCGCCCGCUGUGGCACUUGCUGGUGCGCCGGCGGCCCCAGCACAGGAGCGUAGGUCGUCUCGCCGCAGGCGUGACUCACCGCGCCGUUAUCAGCAGCAGGCGCACUGGCCUGCCCACCCUGGCGGUCAGGGGGACUGGAGGGUUCCCCGCGGGCGUGGCAGUGGUGGGGGGUACCGUCCGCGUGUGACGAUGGCGAAUCUUCAGCGGGAGGUGUCGAGGGCUGUUCGUGAGGAGAGGGCGGCGCAGAGCCAGAGCAGUUCGAUGCGCGCCUCGCCAGCCGUUGAUGCUCCUCGUCCAGCUGCGCUCCCCUUGAGUCCGCCGCCUGUCGCUGCACCCCCGCCACCGAUUCCCGUCCCGCCGGCUCCCGCUCCUGCUACAUCGGCGCCUCCCUCCGGCUCUCCUCUUCAUCUGCCGCCGGUCCCGCUUGUUGCGGGAGUAGAGUUUGUAGCUGCGGGUGGUGGCUCGUCGGCGCAGUAUUCCCACCACGAUGCUGCGGAUGGGCCACUUCUUUUCCUAACGAAGGCACUUCAGCCUCCGCAGACGCGUAUUCCCGAGGCGACGCUUGGCCAGCUCCACCGACUCGCGGAGAGCCUCCACGCGUUGCUGCUGAUUCAAGUUCUUGCUCACUCGUCCCUCCCCGUGAUUCCUGCAGAGACUUUCCGCGGCCGCCAGCGUGACACGUGCUUGGACGCGGCGGACCAGCUCGCGUCGUUGCUGGCGCCCGUGUUGGCUGCGCCCGCGGAGGGUGGCGCUGCUGCUGCGGGACAGCUUGACGAGGCUGUCCGGGGCUUGAGGAGGCACUUGCGCGCAGGAUCUGGAGCCGCGGCGAUCGGCGCAAGCACGCUUGUGGUCCGGGAGCUGUGGCGCUCCCUGACGGGCGUUCUUCACGCCCUUGGAGCUCACCGCAUGUAG